UUCAGUGGGAAUUCUCAGUUCAAAAAGCUGCCAACGUCUCCCUUGUGUGAAAGCUGGGUUGCUAAUGCUUUCGUUGCGACUUCCGAGACCAUAGCAAAAUAUGAUCUCUACCAGCAAGACACGACAUUAUUGAAGUUAAAUAGAAGCUUCGAACUGCUGAACAGACUGCAGCGGACAAAAGACAACAAAAACCGAGUUGAGCAGGUGGCACCCGUUGCUGGCCGGUGAACCAAAUCCCAGCGAGACUCUCCAUCCAUCCCACCAUCUCAUUCUCGUCUCACCUGAGCCAGGCAGAUAGAUAAGAUGUCUCUGGAGACGUAUUCAGCGCUGGACGAGUCCGCUCUCCGAGCUUUGCUGGAUAGAACCGUAGAUCUGGACGAGAGACGCCUCAUCCGUUCAGCUAUCCGAGAGCUGAGGAGAAGGGAGAUUGAGGACAUGGAGGCCGCUCUGGCCAGCAAGAGAUUUCGGCCCACACAUCUCAAUCAGCAGGAAGACAAGGAGAACCAGCACAGGUCAGAAUCCAGUGAGAAUUUGGACAUCCUGUCACAAAAACUCCAGUCAAUCCAGGACAUUGAUGAGCUUAUGAAAAUGCUUCGUGCUACCAGCUUGUAUGAAGAGAGGAAGAUGAUCCGAGCAGUUAUCCGACGAAUCCGAGAUGAGCAGGUGCAAGGUACUGUGGAGAAGGGCAAGACAUCUUCUCAUUGCCGUGAGCCUGACAGUGUGGAGCACAGGAGCGCCAUGGGAGCUGGGGAGACAGAGCGAGAGAGCUACAGUGAGCUGGAUCGCAUCAGAUCUCCGAUCCAGGAGUUGCACACCCAGCAGACGCAACAAACCAGAGAUCUGCAGAGGAAAGGCUCCAGCUCAGGCAUGGUGUUGGUUCUUGAUCACCUGGUGAAAGAUGAAAGCUCUGGACCUCUGCUGAUCAAGCCUCAGCGAGAAGCUCUGACCACAGACGCUGACCUGCUACUGUCUCACCGUCAAAGGUCAGACUCCACAGCUUCAGACCGUAGUGUGACAUCAGUGCUCUCCAGGUCCAAUCUGGAUUCUCUGGGCUCAGAGAAGAAUUUGGACUCAGGCUACCCAGCCCGGCUGGACUCUGGAGCAUCAGACAAGAGCCAGAGUUCCUCUCAACGUGGUCGCCUAGACUCUGGCGCAUCCGAUCGAAGCAUCAGCUCCCUGUCUUAUGCCAGACAGAGAUUGGGCUCAGAUGUCUCUGAUUCAUGUGUCAGACCCCGUUUGGGCUCUGGGACUUCAGACAGCAUUGGCCUGUUCUCAAGGAAACGAACAGACUCUGUGACAUCUGACCACAGCAUGGGCAUGUUUUCUGAGGAGAGAGGUCCAGCAGAGGAGGUAGAGGUAACCACAAGUGGUUCAACUUGCAGCACAGAUUCAGAAACAGAGAAAGAUCCAGCCAGCAUCCAGAAUCAGUCUAACUACGACCACGCUGUUGACCAGGAGCAGCUGGAUGGACCCGUAUUAUCUCGGAGGCAUCCUGCAAAUGGCCUGCUCAAUGGCAAGGCUAAGGAAAAAAAAGAUCUGCAGAGGCAAAAGAUACCGGUUAGCAGCAAUCUGUCCUUCACUCAUGGCAAAGCAAAGGAUUAUGCAUCUGAGAAGAAAGACGUUGUCGUGGAACAGUUCAACCGCACUAACUCUGUUCGUGAUCGAAUGCGCAAGUUUACAGAAGCCAGCCAAAGCCCAAAUAUGCCGGCUUUGAAGAAAGCCCCUCUAAGAAACGGGACCACCUGUGGGAGCAGCGGCCAGACCAAGCUCUCCAGAGCUGCUGAGUUGUUUAUACACCCAGCAUCCCUCAGCACAUCUGGAGACAGGCCAGCAAGGUCACAUGUGGAGUCAGUGUCUAACACCUCUGAUGUCUCCCAGAGCCAGGCAACACCUCAGCCAAGAGGUGUGGCUAACAAACCUCUGUCAUCAGCCGGCCAAUUGCAAAAGUCCAUGGGUGGGACAAAGCUCCCAGCUGAAAAAGAUGUGCACGCCUUGAGUGCGCUAAAGGAAGACAGGACCCCAGGGAAAGCAGCUGGAAAAAAGGUCCCUCAGGGAGAGGAAGACCCAGACAUGAAGACUUUCCUCACCAUCGAGAUCAAGGAUGGGCGCACCACUACCACCUCUGCAACGUCAAACCCAGGAGGCAACAUUGUACCCAUCACCAACAUGGCCCCACGUAUUACCACUCUGGGGCAAAGACCAGAGUUGACCCUUGGCUUAAGAGCAACACCCUUCAAGAUUUCCUCAUCUACCUUCUCCUCUGGAUCCUCCAUGAAGAUGGAAACAGAGCCUGUUGUUGCCUCUGAGCCAGUAUUUUCAGCAGGACCAUCUAUGCAUGUCCCAGCCAUCCCCAACGGCUCCAGCACUCAGGCCAAACCUGUGGAGAGCUCUGGAAAACUGACUCCUGAAAAGCUUGCUGCAAUCGAGGAUGAAGAGCUCCUUGACAAAAUGCUUGAUGAGUCGAAGGACUUUGAAGAGAGGAAGAUGAUCCGUGCAGCCAUGAGAGACCUUCGCAAGAGAAAAAGAGAGGCCAUGCUGGGGUGUACUCAAGAGGAAAUAGACCAGAGAGAAAAAGAGCGCGACAUUCGUCUGCAGGAGCUGCGGCAGCAGAGAGAAGACCGAGCGCAGAAAGGUCGUGCUGGGCCUGGAACUGGAGAGGUGGUGACAAUGAGGGUGGAGAAGUCACUAGAUGGUUCAACCCUCAGCCAAGUUUCCAAGACAAACCGCUUUGCACAGUCUGAUAACGGGAGCAGAUCAACAGGCAUCACAGUAGUAGAGACCAGUUAUGUGCAGAAAACAGACAGAGGAACAGUCCAGUCAAAAUCAUACAGCUACACUUCGUCCUCAUCCUCUAACACAACCCAGAAAAUUGGCAGUGUGUUUGAUCGUGAGGAUGAUACAUCGUCUCGAAGUGGCAGCAGUGGGUUGGCCGCUGUGGAGCGACGGCAGGCAGAAAGACGCAAGGAGCUGAUGAGGGCCCAAACAUUGCCUAAAACUUCUGCCAUGCAGGCUCGCAAAGCCAUGAUAGAGAAGCUGGAGGGAAGCGGCCCUGGCAAUCAGGCUGUGGCCAAGGUAAACAAGGUGCAGCGUUCCACCAGCUUUGGUGUACCCAAUGCAAACUCCAUCAAGCAGAUGCUGCUCGACUGGUGUCGUGCCAAAACACGCUCAUAUGAGCAUGUGGACAUCCAGAAUUUUUCAUCCAGCUGGUGCAAUGGGAUGGCAUUUUGUGCCCUUGUGCACAGCUUCUUCCCUGAUGCCUUUGACUACGAUUCUCUGAGCCCCAGCAACCGCAGGCAAAACUUUGAGGUGGCUUUCAGCGCUGCAGAGACCUAUGCCAACUGUAUGCCUUUGCUUGAAGUGGAAGACAUGAUGAUUAUGGGUAACAGACCAGACUCCAAAUGUGUCUUCACCUAUGUACAGUCUCUGGUCAACCACCUGCGCAGAUACGAGAUGGCCAUGGGUCGCCCCUCUGACCUUUGACCUGUGAUCAGCGGGCAUUCAGACUGGAUGUGGUGUCGGUACCCCCUCCUGUUUCUUCAGCUUCCCUGACCCCCUCAUUUCACCUGAUCACCAUGUCCACUCUGACAGGCUUUAUCAAGUAGUUGCACAUCUCUGAUGGACAAGUUGGGGAUUGUGUGGGUGUGGGUGUGUGUGUGUGUGUCUUUAACUAUCAGUUUGCUUAGUGUAAAGAGUGAUGAUAUGUAUUCAUUUUUUCAGCCCUCUCUAUGUCAACACAGUUUGUUGACAUUAAAUCAAAAUUUUUCCAGUAAGAUAUUGCUUAACUUUUUAAAAGACCUUUUCAGGUUUGUUUUUUUUUCUUUUAAUUUUUUAUUAUUUUGUUAUUUGUUUUUGUUUUCAAUUCAAACUUUGCUUCAUGCAAGAUUCAGUGUGCAGUUGUUGUCACUUUGUUAGUGUGCUGAAAAACACCCCAAAAGAGAAAGGAGAAAUAUAUUUCCAUGGUAUUUCCUUAUGUAAUGCUAGAUUUUUCUCUCAGUUUUCUAAUUAUCGUGAUUGUGUCAGCACUUGUGUUGGUAAUUCAACUGAAAGAGAAAGUAUUUAUCAAAACACAUGCCGUAUCUUUUUUUUUUUUUUGGUACUUUAUCUUUAACCAAACUCUGGUUGCUUGAAUAAUAGGUUGUCAUUUUUAUGCUGAUGUAAUCAAUUGCCCUUUUAUUUUUUUAAUACAUGAGUACAGGGAUGUAAAUUAUUCAUUAUUCAAGUUGAUUCUGCGUUAUUACUGUAGUAAAGCGAUAAGUAUACAAUUUUCUGAACACCACAGAGCUACUGAGUCAUUUAUAUAGCAACAAUAGUGCAGCUAAACAAAGAAUGGGUUGGAUACUGAUGUCUUACAGCUGAAUUGUACCAUCACUUGAUGUUUACUGCUGCAUGAAUGACAGUAGAAGACCUCACGGCACUGCAAUCUCCCAGCAUCACUGCAUCGCCUGCCAGAUACACUCACACACAGCUCCUUUAAAGGGCUCUUAUUUAUGCUAGAGUAGUUUUUAAAAAUUGUUUUGUUUUAGUGUGUACAUUAUGCUUUUAAACGUUUUACUUAAAGUAUCUUGAUAAGCUGAAGCUGAAGCUACUGCAAUGUUUUCUGGAAAAAAAAAUGGGCUUCAUGUUUGAAAGCCGGCUUUCAGUAUGAACAGACAAGUAAUCAUGACUGAAAAUUGUAUAUUUAACAAGAAAACAAGAAAAAAAUAAAUUCACUAUUAAAAUUCAAGGUUUCUUUGAGAUGGUUUAAAUUUUGGUUUCAGAGUUGAUUUUGAUUAAACUCAUUGAUGAGAGCUUUUGUUUUGGUAGAUUUGAGAAAUUAUUUUUGACCUGCUCAACUGCUGGCAACUGAAAAACAAAAACCUCCACAAAGCGUGUUGUGUGUUUUGUAUAUAAGAGUUUAAACAUUACAGUAUCAUGUCACUGUGCACUACGGUUAAAUGUGAAUUAACUAUUAAACCAAUUUGAGAAGUAAA